UGGAGGAGCUGUGAACAACAGUCUGGAAGUUUGUUCAGGUACACUGGUGUUUUUGCUUUUGCAGGUAAUGUUUGAAGAAUGGAUGGAUAUAAUACUUCCAAGAAUUCCUCUUGUGAUCCUAUAUUGCCACAUCAUUUAACACCAGUUUACUUCAUAGUCCUCAUUGGAGGACUGGUAGGCGUCAUCUCCAUCCUGUUCUUGCUUGUGAAAAUGAACUCACGUUCAGUGACCACCAUGGCUGUCAUUAACCUGGUGGUGGUUCAUGGGGUAUUCCUACUGACAGUGCCUUUUCGCUUGGCAUACCUCAUCAAAGGAACAUGGACAUUUGGAUUACCCUUCUGCAAAUUUGUGAGUGCCAUGUUACAUAUACACAUGUACCUCACCUUCUUCUUCUAUGUGGUGAUACUAGUCAUUAGAUACCUCAUCUUCUUCAAGCGUAGAGACAAAGUAGAAUUCUAUAGAAAAUUGCAUGCAGUUGCUGCCAGUACUGCCAUGUGGCUUUUGGUGAUUGUCAUUGUUGUCCCCUUGGUGGUUUCUCAGUAUGGAAAUAACGAAGAAUACAAUGAGAAACAGUGCUUCAGAUUCCAUAAAGAACUUGCCCGUGAUUAUGUGCAAGUUGUCAACUAUAUGAUAGUCAUUAUUGUCAUAACCAUUGCGAUGAUUCUCUUGGGUUUCCAGGUCUUCAUCACAUUGGCCAUGGUGCGGAAGUUUCGCCACUCUUUACUAUCCCACCAGGAGUUCUGGGCACAACUGAAAAAUCUUUUUUUUAUAGGUAUCAUCAUUAUUUGUUUUCUGCCCUACCAGUUCUUCAGGAUUUAUUACUUGUACGUUGUGACGCAUUCUAAGAGCUGUAAAAACAAAGUUACAUUUUACAAUGAAAUCCUCUUGAGCACAACAGCCAUCAGCUGCUAUGAUUUGCUGCUCUUUGUCUUUGGAGGAAGCCAUUGGGUUAAGCAAAAGAUUGUCGACAUGUGGAAUUGCCUUGUAUGCCGCUAGCCAAGAUUACCAUAUUCAUUUCUUCCUGUUGAGAAUGGGAAUAAGCAAAGAGCUAAAAUGGUUUCUCAUUGCUUUAUCGAAACCUU